AUGCUUGCAAGUCGCACGAAAACAAAAACAAAAAAAGAGGGUUCGACGGAGCUGCACCACUAUUUAUGCCGGGGAGAAGGAUUGGUGCACCCGCCAGCAAUCUACGCAUCGGAACGAGAGGAGGGACGAAGCAUUCCAGCCGAAGCCGAGCGUAUGCAUUUCUAUCGCGUACUCAUACUUCACUUGUGUCGUCGGUGUCUCACCCGAAUAACCGGAGGCAGUCUCGGGGACUUUUCCAUCAAAAUCACAGUCAAUACGCCGUUGUCUUCUCGUGAGUUCGGCCUACUCAAAGUCAACUCAACCAUAUUCUUGAUAAUAAAAGUAUGCGCUCUGGUUAAUCUGACAAAGGUUGUCACCACGGCCUCGGGAGGACCGAGGGUGCCGCAAAUGAACACAAAUUGCAUCGACACCUCCGACACUUGGAGGCGCCAAACUAGCCCUCGAAACGUUGUGACGUCGGCGUCAAGGAGACAACCGUUGACAGCGACUUGCGCCGAUCAGCCUUCCGGCAUUUGGGCUAAAAUGGCUGGCCCGAGUCACGUGUUACUGUCGAAAUAA